AUGCUGCUUCAGAGUAUUAUAUCGAACUCUACCGCACUCAGUUACGAUAUCGAAUCAUCUUCUGGUGCAUUCGAAAUUGAUCAUUCAACAGGGACCACAGUUGCUAUGGUCACAGCACGGACUGAUCGCCACGAUGUUGUUAAAUCGUAUAGUCUUGAGGGUGCUGAUGCCAUGUUUUUCUCAGUAAACAAUGAGGGUGCAAUACGACUUAAAGACUCAGUAAUUAAUGUUCCUCGAUCAGAUUUAAGCUUUGUCGCAAAAGCUGAAUAUUUGAAAACAUCAGGCACAGUACCGAUCCACAUCACGGUAUCACCAUCACAUGAAAAUGUCGAGCUAUUUUUUGAAAAUAGCUCGUAUGAGGUUAGAGUGAUGGAAAAUUCGCCCGUUAAUGGAUAUGUACUCAAUGCCGAGCUCCUCAUUCCUGAUUCGAGCGGUGUUAAAUACUUUAUAGAGGCUCUGAACGAUGCCAAUAUAAUAAAAGACAUUCUCGAUAUUGAUUUAGGCGGGCGUAUCACCGUCAAAGAGGAGUUGCAGGGUAAUGCUGGAAUGCACGAAUUCCAAAUUCGUGCUAUCAAAGAUAGACAGCAUGCGUCAGCCGAUGUGAAGCUGCACAUUUUGAGAGCCUACAAGUGCAUUCCAGUGUUUCUCGGUGCGGAAAAUAUCGAAUUCAUCGUCAAAGAGAAUAGUCCAGCCGGUUUGACAAUCGGUACCGCAUCAGCUGCUACCCUCGACAGCAAAUGUGAGCUUAAGUAUCAUCUUUGGGAUGCACGUGCUCAUAAGUACACCAGCGAAACGGACAUCGCCUCUAUAGACGUCAACACCGGCAGGAUCCGAAGUCGAGUGCCGUUUGACUACGAAGAGAAGUCAAACUAUCCGCUAGUCUUGGGUCUUCAAGCUGGUGCCCAUCACUUCGUACAGUUGGCCAGUACUCUGCGAAUAUUGGAUGUUGAUGAUCACCCUCUGACGGCGGUGCUCGAUAAUGUUACUGUAGAGGUACCAGAAGAUGUUGCUACCGGUACACUAAUCGCUACUAUGCGUGCUGUGGACAACGACGAAUCACAGACAGUUUUCUACCGUUUCCGCCUCCAUUCCGAAGAGUUUGCUUUGAACGCAACCACUGGCGAGGUUACAGUGGUAUCAAGUCUUGACAGGGAAAUCAAUGACAUAUACAGGUUGGAAAUCGGCGCGAUCAACAACGAGGACGCAAAAACUAAUGAGAUUAUGGUAUGGAUGUCACUUCGCAUUCGAGUCGCGGAUGUGAACGAUAAUGGACCGCUGUUUGAACGCAGUCACUACUUCGCCCUUGUCAGCAAGACCGCAUUACCUGGUGAUGAAAUAGUGACUGUGAGCGCAUUCGAUCCAGAUCGCUCAACACCAGAAAAUGGUAGGAGGGAAGGAACACCUGAGUGA